GCGGAUCCGGGUCCCACCCACCCACCAGGAGCCGGGCGGCGGCGGCCGGGGCCGUUUCUCUGCGCCGGGCCGGGCCCAUGGGCGGGUAGCGCCCGCCGGGCGGAUGCUGCGGGCUCCGGCUCCCACGAUGCCGCCCCGGCGCCGCGGCCGCUGCCUCCCGCUGCUGCUGCUGCUCGCGGGCAACAUCUGGCCCGCGCCGGGCAAGUCUCCGGGGGAGCCGCCCAGCCCGCAGGAGGUGCUGAUCAAAGUCCAGGUGUAUGAGAACAGCGACCUCUCCCCGCUGGCCCAGGCUGCUGUGGAAGUGUAUGGGAACCAGACGUCACUGGCCUCAGGCUCCACAGACCAUGAGGGCGUCGGGAUGCUGCCCGUCAGCUACCGUCUGGGCACCUGGAUCCUGGUCACCGCCGCCAAGCGCGGCUUCGUCACCAACUCUGUGCCCUGGCGGGUCGACAAGCUGCCAUUGUAUGCCUCUGUCAGCCUGUAUCUGCUCCCGGAGCGGCCCGCCACCCUCAUCCUCUAUGAGGACUUGGUGCAGAUCUUGCUGGGAUCACCAGGGGCCAAGAGCCAGCCGUGGGUGCAGUUCCAACGCAAGGCGGCCCGCCUGCCCCGCAGCUCCACCUACAGCCAGCUCUCCGCCUCCCUGACGGCCGCCAGCGGGGCCCACGACAUGCGGGGCUUUCCCUCCUUCAUCGGGGCUGAGAGCAACGGCAGCGCCAACAGCACCUGGCUGGAGCUGGUUCCCAUUGCUGCCGUCAGCGUCCACCUCUUCACGGGCAACGGCACCGAGGUGCAGCUGUCGGGCCCCGUGCACCUGUCCAUCCCGCUGCCUCCCGACACCAGCGCCACCACGGCCACCAGCGUGCCAGCCUGGAGGUUCGACACCAAGAGUGGCCUGUGGCUCCGAAACGGGACAGGGCUGAUCAGGAAGGAGGGGCGCCAGCUGUACUGGACGUUCGUCUCACCCCAGCUGGGGUACUGGGCUGCCGCUCUGCCCUCCCCCACCACAGGGCUGGUGUUGCUGGCGUCGGGGAUGAAGGACAUCACCACGUACCACACCAUCUUCCUGCUCACCAUCCUGGGGGCGCUGGCGCUGCUGGUGCUGAGUCUCCUCUGUCUGCUCAUCUACUACUGCAGGCGGAGGUGCCUGAAACCCCGACAGCAACACAGGAAACUGCAGCUGUCUGGGCCGCUGGAUGCCUCGAAGCGAGACCAGGCCACCUCCAUGUCCCAGCUCAACCUGAUCUGCACCAGCCACCUGGAGACAGCCUCAUCGGCCGGCGACCCCGACGCGCACACGCCCAUCCUCAAGUCAGCCUUCUCCAGCUCCCGGGAGCUGGGCAGCUCCCGCGAGGAGUUCUUCCGUCACAAGCUGCGGCAUGCCAGCAAGGCCUCCACGGAGACGCUGAGCCAGCGGGGCGCCCCCAAGGAGGAGUACCCGCGCCCCGGGGAGAGCUUCUCGCUUAAGGCCGCGCGCUCCAUGGACGGCCCGGGCGCGCUGGAGCCCUCCAUGCUGGAGGAAUACAAGCGCAGCUUCUCCCACCAGCGCGUGGAGGACAAGGGCUCCGAGCCAUCGCGGAAGCACUCAAGGAACGAGAGCAAGCCCUACCUCCAGGAGCCGCCCUCCCCGCCGCCCCUGCCGCCCCCCUUUGACCACUACGUGGGCCACAAGGGGGAGCCCAAACCCCCCGACUUCAUGCUGUCGCAGUCCGUGGACCACCUGGCCAGGCCCACCUCGCUCACCCAGCCGGGGCAGCUCAUCUUCUGCGGCUCCAUCGACCACAUGAAGGACAGCGUGUACCGCAACGUCAUGCCCACCUUGGUCAUCCCGGCCCACUACAUGCGCCUGGCGUCGGAUUACCCCUCCGGGGAACAGGCCCUGGCUGGCCCGGCAGAUAGCCAGCCUGAGAUGGAGGGGCUGCCCGGCCAGGCCGGGAUGACUAUCCCGCACCAGUUCGGGCCCCAGGACCAGCAGCGGCAGCUCCUCCAGCAGCAGCUUCAGCUGCAGCACCAGCAGGGUGAGGACUCGGAGGGCAAGGGUUGGGGGGCGCACUCCUCCUCGGUCAGCGGCUCCGUCACCAUCCCGGUGCUGUUCAACGAGUCCACCAUGGCCCAGCUGAACGGGGAGCUGCAGGCACUGACGGAGAAGAAGCUGCUGGAACUGGGGGUGAAGCCCCACCCGCGGGCCUGGUUUGUCUCGCUGGACGGGCGCUCCUCCCAGGUGCGCCACUCCUACAUCGACCUGCAGGGCAGCGAGAAGAGCCGCAGCAACGACGCCAGCCUGGACUCGGGCGUGGACGUCCACGAAGCCAAGCCCCACAAGCGGGCCAAGGAGGAGCGGGAGCGGCCCCCUGCCCCCACCGCCUACUCCAAGCUGGCCUUCCCCGAUGACGCGGAGCAGAGCAGCAGCGAGAGCCGCACGGCCAUCUGCUCCCCCGAGGACAACUCCCUGACGCCCCUGCUGGACGAGACGGCUGAGGCCCGGGCCGCCACCAUCCCCCGCCGGGGCCGCAGCCGGGGCACCAGCUCCCGCAGCAGCGCCAGCGAGCUGCGCCGGGACUCCAUGACCAGCCCUGAGGACGAGCUGACCGACCCGGCCGAGGGUGGCGAUGAGCCGGGUGACAAGAAGAGCCCCUGGCAGAAGCGCGAGGAGCGCCCACUCAUGGUCUUCAAUGUGAAGUAAGCAGGGGGGGCCUGUGCCCCCCCCUGGAGCCAGCGCCAGCCCCUGGGGGGCAGAGGAAGGGGUGGGGCUGGAUGCCAGCGCCUGACAGGGAGGUGCUGCAUGACUGAUCGCUCCGUGCCCCCGGGGAGGCCCCUGUGACCAGGGCGACUCCAGACCAGGACCCCAAAGACCCCCCAGCCCUCUCGUCCUGAGGGCUGAGCUCUGUGGGGGAGCAGGGGAAGGGAGGGACCCACGCUGGGAGGCAGAGAACCAGUGACCUGCUCCCCCCUGCAGCCGGGCACUGUCUGUCGCACCCCCCCCCACCAUUCAAGGGACGGCCCAGAGCAGGGAGGAGACGCUGUGGCAGUGGGACAGGGCAGGGGGCUGAUCUCCCUACCACCAGUACCAUCUGUCGGGGCUGCUGCAUGCCAGGCCCCCCUGCUAGGCAGGGGCUGGGGGAGGGGCAACUCGAGGACUCAGCAGCCCCCUCCACCCGCCGCCAGCCCAGCGGGCAGAGUGAAGGGAUUGAGUCAGGUGGGGGGCAGGGCCUGGGGCAGCCUGGCCCAGCCCCUGUUUCCAAGCACACUCUCCGCGGGGCCUGGGCAGACCAUCCAGGGAAGCAACGGCAGAGCGGAGCCCCCCAGGAGCCAGAACAAGCUGCGGCUGCUCCUCCCCCAUGACACCAGGCUGGAAGGGGUUAAGAGCACCCUGCCCCUGCUGGUGUGUGGAAUGGCUGAGGAUGGUGCUUAUCAACUAGCACCUCGCCGUCCAGCCCCAGCUGCACCUGCCUGGCCGGGGUGGGGCAGCCCCGCACCUGGCCUGGGGCAGCCUGAGCUGCAGCAAAGCAGAGCCCAGCUGUGCUCCUGUGGCAUGGCCACCCAGGCUCUGCCAGACUCCGAUGGCUGCAGCAGGUGCCAGGCAGCGGGUACAUGGGGGCUGCUAGGGGAGCCUGACCUUUGUCUGCAUCCCUAACGCCCUGGGGCUGCGGGGAGCCUCCUCCUGCCGCCCCACACAGCUCCCCAUCCUCUCCUCCAAGUGCCUUUGUGCCCUGCGCUGCAGGGCGAGUGGCACAGCUGGGCCGUGUGUGCAGAGCCGGCUCAAUCCUCCUCUUUCCUCAUCUGCUUUUCCCAGGCUGGCUGCUGCCUCCAGCGAGGGUGGGGGGUGGCAGCAUCCCACCAUGCAGACUGGGAGCUGCCUGCAGAGCCAGGCUGGGAUCCCCCCAGCGCUGGCCCUCAAGCAUGCCAGGGGAUCAGCCAGCCCUCCCCUGGAUAAGGUGUGUAGGAUCUCCCCCUACCCUGGCCUGGGCUGUGGGGCAGGGCCCUGGAGGCUGCAUUCUCAAGGCACUUCCUGCUGCACCUGCUAGUGCCACCCUGGGGUGCGGAUGCUGUUGGCUUCUACACCCAGGCAGGCUCCAGC